CUGUUCAACACGGAGACGGUCCACGCACAUAAUCGUACGACUGUCCGCACGCGUGGCUCGUGCAAGCGAGAGAACCAUCAUCACCUUCUCUUCAAUUCAUGGUAUAGUCUCAGACACCCAUACGAUUUCUCUCUUUCCUGAUGACGAAACCCAGAAAAUUUCUGAAUAGCCUCAUGAAGCCAUUCAAAUUCCUCUCCGACAGAGACUCGCAGCAGAGAGAGGUGGAUGUGAAGUCGAUCGCUGCUCAGGAGCAGAAGCAUUUCUCCUUCGAAACCCUCGUCUCCGCUACCCAAGAUUUCCACCCAAAGAACAAGCUCGGCCAGGGCGGUUUCGGACCCGUCUUCAAGGGGAAAUUGGUGGACGGGACAGAGAUUGCGGUGAAGAAGCUGUCGCAUAGCUCGAACCAAGGGAAGAAAGAAUUCACGAACGAGGCGAGGCUCCUCGCACGUAUGCAGCACCGGAACGUGGUGAACCUGCUUGGAUACUGCGCACAUGGCGAUGAGAAGCUUCUCGUCUACGAAUAUGUUGCUAACGAGAGCCUUGACAAGCUACUUUUCAAUGCUGCAAGGCGUGGGGAAUUGGAUUGGAAGAGGCGUUAUGAUGUGAUAGUCGGUGUGGCACGUGGGCUCUUAUACUUGCAUGAGGAUUCUCAUAGCUGCAUCAUCCACCGGGACAUCAAGGCCAGCAACAUCCUCCUCGAUGACAAGUGGACCCCCAAGAUUGCUGACUUUGGUAUGGCCCGGCUAUUUUCCGAAGAGGAGACGCACGUCCACACACGAGUGGCUGGGACCAAUGGAUACAUGGCCCCUGAGUAUGUCAUGCAUGGUUCACUGUCAGUGAAAGCUGAUGUCUUUAGCUAUGGGGUUUUGGUUCUGGAGAUAAUCUGUGGCAAGAAGAACUCGACCUUCUGCAGUGAGCCUGAUGGGCAGUGCCUGCUCAAAUGGGUAUGGAAUCUCUACAAGAAAGGCCGGAGUUUAGAGAUCAUGGACCCAGCUUUAGCCUCCACGGCAGCAACUGAACAAGUUGCAUCAUGCAUACAAAUUGGGCUUCUCUGCACUCAGGUCGAUCCAAACCAACGGCCCACCAUGCAACGGGUGGUGGUGAUGUUGUCGAAGAAGCCUGGCACCCUCGAUGAGCCGUCCAGGCCUGGCUACACCGGAACGAGAUAUAGGCAGCCUAACAGGCCCCAUGGCCGCUCCUCUGGCGAGUCAUCAUCCCCAGCUGUAUCAUCAUCCCAUCCUGCUUCCACUUCCGCCUCAGCAUCUACCUCGAAUACAAACACUGCCGCCUCGAAAACAAACACCGCCACCACGUCUACACUCACAAGAAGCCCGAGACACCGUUCCCACGAGAAGCGACCCAUGCAUGGCUAGGUUGGGUUUGACUAGGCUGGGGAUAAGCCUCGUUGAAAUUUUGUUCAUUCUUUUGUAUGUGUCAUAUAACAUUGAUUGUAUUUGUUUGGUAGAGCUUUACUAAACCCACAGGCAACUGCUACACGUGCAACCACCUGUCUGGCGUGUGAGGACAUGGGACCCAUGCAUUCGUUUGGCCUGGUGCAGAAGUCAGGCUACAGAACUCAUUGACAAACAACCGGUUUUGGAAGAUGGCUAGAAGUCCAAUGAGUAGACUGAAAUGUCCCAGGUUGUCUACGAGGUGGGGUCCACAUGACAUACGGCUGUGACUUGCACCGCACAGCUGGACGGAUGCAGAGGUGGCGAGCAACAUUUAGGAAUAACUUUUAGAGUGGGGAACUGAAUGAGAGAAAGUCAAGAUGUGUGAUGGGAGUGGGAUUCUUUAAUAUUAUGUACAGAUUAGGUCCCCUUAAUAAAAUACUAGAAAAAGCAA